AUGGAAGAACUGCGCAAACACCUUGAAGGCACUAAUGCCGUCAUUUUGACGCCCGAGUCUGACGGAUAUUUGGAGAGUAUCAGACGCUGGAGUGACACGUGUGAAAAAAAGGCUGCCGCCGUGAUCUUACCGACGACUACAGAGGAAGUAUCCCUGUCAGUUAGGUUUGCAAGCAAUCGUCAAAUUCCCCUGGUGGUGCACAACGGGGGUCACUCAACCAGCGGCUCUUCUGCGACGGAGGGCGGAAUCGUGAUUAGUCUUGUACGUAUGCGGCAUGUGGUGGUCGAUCCCGCUCGAAAGACAAUUACGGCACAGGGUGGCACCAUCUGGGAAGAUGUCGACAAGGCGGCGGCAAUUCAUGGAUUAGCGACCGUUGGAGGCACCGUGAAUCACACAGGGGUGGGCGGGUUGACGCUCGGCGGGGGGUAUGGAUGGCUCACAGGAAAAUAUGGUCUCACGAUCGACAAUCUCCUCGCAACUACCGUAGUCCUCGCCAAUGGCAGCAUCCUGGAAGCCUCUGAACAAACUAAUCCGGACCUAUUCUGGGCGCUCCGCGGUGCGGGCCAGAACUUCGGAGUCGUCACCGAGUUCGUCUUCCAGGGCUACGAUCAAGCCAACGAGGUAUACGCAGGCAUGUUGAGCUGGAACCCCGACCGCCUCCCCCAGAUCAUUGACUUUGUCAAUGGAUUCGAAGAGCCUAGUAAUACAGGAGAUCAAGGCAUCUUUUUCGGUUUCUGCGGUACCAGCAUUGUCGCAGCGAUCUUCUACAACGGCCCUCGCUCCAGAGCAGAGAGAUACUUCGCACCCAUCCUCUCCAUUGAAUCUAUCUCAAACAGCUGUGGUAUGAUGCCUUACUGUGAGCUAAACUCGAUCCAAAACCCUCUCGCCACGUACGGUGGUCGUAAAUCCUUCAGCGGAGCCUUCGUCAAACUCCCGCUCGAGGUGUCCUUCUUCCAGGAACUAUGGGCCGACUAUACCGACAUGCUCAGAACAUACCCAGAAUCAGCUCGGACGGCGGUUUUAUUCGAGCUCGUCUCCCAGAAACAGGUUCUGCGCGUCCCCAAGAAUGCCACGGCCUUCGCUACUCGGGGGGCCCUACUAUAA